GCCCCUCCCUCACAUCGGCGGAUGAACACUUUCAACUCAAUAAUUUUCAACACUUUCACUCCCAGUGCGCCCAACGCUCUCACACGUGUUGGCAUUGUGGUGGCCAUGCUCAGCCACCAGUCGACAACCCGAGCGCACUUACACUACCACAACAGGCCCCAGCCAACGACCUACUUGGCCGCUGGCCUUUUCCGCCUGUCCCGGAUACGACUUCGUUCAUGGGUGCAGGCUCAUAUACUUCGACACUCGGACUCAGCAUCGAGGAGUCUUAUCCACAACUCGGUCUACCUAACGGCAACGCUGACUUCACUAUCCUACUCGGGUUGAGCCUAGGAGAGGUUAGCGUCUUCGACUUUUUGCCGGAAGACCCCGCUGGACAGCAACUGCACGCUGGUUUUGGGAGUGUGGGACUCGAGACAAUGGGAUUCAGCACGCAAAUGAUAUCACCAAAAGUCGACCUUGUGCCAAGCAGCUCGUCAGGUUCAACGGCGUCGCCCAGUCAUGAUGAGUCUGCUAUCCUCUCACCAAGGCCAGGCCGAGAGAGCAAGUUUAGGUGUUGUGGCGGCUCUUUCAAGAACAAAGCCGGACUCAGCCGCCACAAGAAUCGGUACCACAACAAGCGAUUUCCCUGUCCGCACGAGACAUGCACGGAAAAGCUGUUUGGUACUCUCCAGGACCGGAACCGUCAUUUGGAGACACUGAUACACCGAGGAAAGAAGCUCCAGUGUGACAUUUGCGGAAAAUAUUUCGGCGGGAGGAAGGACAACCUGGGGCGGCAUGUGAAGAAAUGCCGUUCCAAAUUAGAGCUUGUUAGGGCUAAGUAGUCCUGGCAGGCAUUGUGCAGGUGGGGGCAACCACGGGCUUCACUGGGCUCUCCGACCACGAAUACGUGUAAACGUAUUUACUAGUAGGUUUGCAUCGGUUGCCCCCCUCCCUGCCUCGACGAGAAGGAAUG